GAGGAAGCAGUAGACUAGAAGGACCUGGCAGAGACAGAGAGACAAGAAGCUUUCACAGGUUUUCACACACAUCUCAAGAUAGCACUGUGGGAAACACUGACCUGACAGAAUGUUCUUAAUCCUGGUUGUCACAGUGUUCUUGGCUGGCUGCUUGGCAUUGCCCAUCAAAGACCCGUACUCGUAUUCCUCUGCGGUGGGUCAGGGAGGUGGCACCCCAUUUGCUUCCUACGGUGAGGGGCGCAUCACAGGAGUCAGAGUGUGGGAGACCAACAACUACUACUACUACUACUACUACUACUACUACUACAACUACAACAGCAACAACUACAUCAGCGGGUUCCAGCUGAGAUACGGCAACACCUGGUCUCCUGUGUUCGGUAACGAAGGGAGUGUAAAGCAGGAGAUGGAGCUGUUUAAUGAUGAGGCCAUCGUCGAGGUGUCUGGGAAGUACAACCCAGCAGACUACAUCUGCUACCUGGUGUUAACCACUAACAUGGGGCGCACUCUGUCAGCCGGCCUGCCCAACCAGGUCUCCUUCAACUUCUACCCAACCAACAUGGGCAAUGAGCUGAGGAUCCUCAGCGGUCGCUUCAACGGUGCCGGGAUCACCUCCAUCGGAGCCCACUGGGGAUUUGUGGACAUGGAAGGGGCUGGAAACAGUACUCAGGAAACAGCACUGGAAACAGUAACUCCUAUUUAUUAGGGGGGAAAAUGCUUUUUAGUCCAGGGGUAAACUUAAUCUGGGUCCAGGAAACUGGCCUUAUAUGUUGGACGGAUGUUUGACAUAGACACUGACAGAACAGUUUUUAUUUCACUAUCUGUUUUUUAUUUCACUUUUAUUUCACUUUUAUUUCACUGAAUGAAUUUGAAUGUUUUGAGUACUUUGGAAGUACUUUUGAGGUGAUUCCUCACUUGAAGCAGUAAUAAAAUAUUUCUUAACAUAUUCAAAAUUCAUUCAGUUCAAAUUCUCAUGAAGCAUCCAUUAGAUAGUAAUAUUCAAACAGUCCUGUCAGCUUGGGUCAACAUGCGUUGUUAUCACAUUUUAUUACAAUAAAGGUAAGAAUCAUAUGGGAUUCAAAGGAUUAAUUAUAUCUUUGAUUAAUGGAACAAUCAAAUAUUAUGGGGAGAUAAUAGCGUUUCAGGGUGUUUCUCCUUCACUAUUUUAUACACGCUGCAUUUGUUAUUUGUUGUUCCUUUUCUGCUACAUCUGCUUAUGGACAUUUUAAUAAAAAGCAUAUCUUUAAAUCA